CGUGAGACUAGGAGGGAAAGUGUCGCGAGACGUGCUGCGGGACGGCGCGGCGGUGACAGAAACAAAGGGUGGCGGUUGAGGCGCGCCGCCGCCUCUCCCCGCCCCCGCCAGCGCGCGCGCUCUCGGGCAAUGGCCGCUCAGCCCGCGCGCUGGAGCCCGCUCGAGCAGCAGCAGGACCGUGACGUCCGGGCGCUGAUCCGGCGCCUGACCGGCCUCCGCGAGGCGCAGGGCGGGGAGGAGCCCGGCGGCCGCUUCCAGACGGCGCUGAUCUUCGCCUGGUCCAACUUCAGAUUUCAUCGGUUUCUUGAUGUAAGCAGUCACAAAGUAGAGAGGACAAUAGAGGGAAUUUAUGAAAAGCUGAUUGUUCAUUCAGACCUCAGUAAAGCCGCAAGCUGGAAAAGACUAAUAGAAAAGUUUCUGAACUCACCACUUCCAAGCACUGAAGAAACAAAGACAGAUGCUCAUUACGCCAUACUAUCUCUCCUACUGUGCUUGUCCGAUUCUCCUUCCAACACCAACUAUGUGGAAAAGCCAAGAGAUAAAGAAGUGGAAAAGGAAGAAGAAUUUGACUGGGGAAAGUACUUGAUGGAAGGUGAAGAAAUUUAUUUUGGUCCUGACAUAGACACACCAGAUUGGUCUGAAGAAAGUGAAGAGGGGGAGGAUGCUCAACAACCUCUGAGCAGGGAAGAUUCUGGCAUUCAAGUAGACAGGACACCACAAGAAGAACAAGACCAAAAUAAGAAAACUGUGUCUCAGGUCACAUGGAAAGUGGGUGAGCCUGAUGCGCGCAGCUGGCUGGAACAGCAUGUGGUUCCUCAAUAUUGGACAGGAAGAGCUCCUCGUUUUUCUCACAGUUUUCACCUACAUUCCAAUUUAGCUGCUGUCUGGGACCAACACUUGUACAGCAGUGAUCCCUUAUAUAUGCCAGAAGAAAGAACUCUUGUAACUGAAACACAGAUUAUCCGGGAAACUCUCUGGCUUCUUUCAGGGGUGAAAAAGCUCUUUAUAUUUCAGCUGAAUGAGGGAAAGGUGACUGUGAGAAAUGACAUUAUUGUAACUCAUUUGACCCAUAACUGCUUAAGAUCAGUGUUGGAGCAGAUAGCAGCAUAUGGACAAGUUGUGUUUAGGCUGCAGAAGUUCAUUGAUGAAGUGAUGGGGCACAGCUCAGAAAGUGUAAUACCUGGAACCAUUUCCACUCCCAAGAAAACUACAGAACCCCCAUUUAGAACCUACCAAGCUUUUAUGUGGGCCUUGUACAAGUACUUCAUUAGUUUCAAAGAAGAGCUUACGGAAAUUGAGAAAUGCAUAAUCAACAAAGACAAAACAGUCACUCUUUCAAUAGUAGUAGAUAAGUUGUCACCUCGACUGGCACAGCUUAAGGUACUUCACAAAGUUUUCAGCACAGGGAUAGCAGAAGUACCACAAGUACCACCUGACACUCGAAAUGUUGUAAGAGCAUCUCAUUUGCUUAAUACACUCUACAAAGCUAUUCUUGAAUAUGACAACGUUGGAGAAGCAUCUGAGCAAACAGUAUCCCUCCUCUUCUCUCUCUGGGUUGAAACAGUAAGGCCAUAUUUGCAGACAGUGGAUGAGUGGAUUGUCCAUGGUAACUUGUUUGAUCCUGCUAAGGAAUUUAUCAUUCAGAGAAACAAAAAUGUCCCAGUUAAUCACAGGGAUUUUUGGUAUGCUACCUACACAUUAUAUAGUGUGUCAGAAAAGAUGGAGAAUGAAGAGAAAAUGAGUGAUAAUGCCAGUGCCAGCUCUGGCAGUGAUCAGGCUCCCUCAAGUAGGCAGCACACAAUGGUCUCCUUUCUGAAACCAGUACUAAAACAAAUCAUCAUGGCUGGAAAGUCCAUGCAAUUGUUGAAGAACCUACAAUCCAAAGAUGAUUCUCCACGGCAAGCUGCAUCAAGAGAUGCAGAACGAAAGAGUUUGUACACACUAUUUCUGGAGUCUGUGCAGUCCCGUCUGCGGCAUGGGGAAGAAUCUGUUCCAGAUAUUAUUACAGAACAACAAGCUACAAAGCAGAGUUUGAUAAAGAUGCAGUCUAUAGCAGAGAGACACUUAGAACUGGAUGAUGUUCAUGAUCCAUUGCUGGCUAUUAACUUUGCUAGGCUGUAUUUGGAGCAAAGUGACUUUCAUGAGAAAUUUACUGGUGGUGAUGUUUGCGUGGAUAGAUCCUCUGAAUCAGUGACAUGCCAGACAUUUGAACUGACACUGAGGUCUUGCCUGUAUCCUCACAUAGAUAAGCAAUAUCUGGAAUGCUGUGGCAACCUAAUGCAAACUUUAAAGAAGGAUUACAGGCUGGUAGAGUACUUGCAGGCAAUGCGAAACUUUUUUUUGCUUGAAGCUGGGGAUACUAUGUAUGAUUUCUACACAUCUAUUUUUGAUAAAAUAAGAGAAAAAGAAACUUGGCAGAAUGUAUCAUUUCUAAAUGUCCAACUCCAGGAAGCAGUUGGACAACGUUACCCAGAGGACAGUUCAAGGCUGUCUAUAUCUUUUGAAAGUAUCGAUACAGGAAAGAAGAAACUCCCUGUCCAUACCUUAGAUGGCUUAACAUUGAGCUAUAAGGUCCCUUGGCCUGUGGAUAUAGUUAUAAGUUUAGAAUGUCAAAAAAUUUACAAUCAGGUGUUUCUUCUCUUAUUACAAAUAAAGUGGGCCAAGUAUAGCUUAGAUGUUUUACGAUUUGAUGAACUAGUAAAUGCUACCGAAAAACCACAGCUUAAAGAAGGACCUCAAUUAGAACAAGAGACAGUUCCUCAGUUUGGAUCACAAACAGAACUUAUAAAACAACAAAUUCACCGCAUGUUCCUCUUAAGAGUGAAACUCAUGCAUUUUGUUAACAGCUUGCACAACUACAUCAUGACCAGGAUUCUUCACAGUACAGGUUUGGAGUUUCAGCAUCAGGUAGAAGAAGCCAAAGAUUUAGAUCAACUGAUUAAAAUUCAUUAUAGAUAUUUGUCUACAAUCCAUGAUCGCUGCCUGCUGAGAGAAAAGGUUAGUUUUGUGAAAGAAGCUAUAAUGAAAGUGCUGAAUUUAGUGCUGAUGUUUGCAGAUCGUUGGCAGGCUGGUUUGGGAGCUUGGAGGAUGGAAUCCAUAGAGAAGAUGGAAUCAGAUUUUAAAAAUUGUCACAUGUUUCUUGUAACAGUUCUAAAUAAAGCAGUCUGUAGAGGCUCUUUUCCUCAUUUGGAGUCUUUAGCUGUGUCACUCAUGGCUGGCAUGGAACAAAGCUAACAAAAGACCAGAGUGCAUUGAACUACUCAAGAACCGAAUUCCUGCAGCAUUCAUCUGCAACAUUAUUUAUUCAAAAUGAGCAUUUUAUACUGAAAUCCAUGUAUAUGUAGAUAAAUGGUAGUUGAUAUUUCCUUUCAGUGACUGUUUGAAACUGUAAAUGGUGAUGUACAGUAUUUAAUGAGUAUUAGUUGUGGCUGUAUUUUUUUCCUGCGUGUUAGUAUGCUAUAACAUCAGAUUCAUACUGUCUUGUAAAAGUAGCUGAUUUGAAGAUACAUUAAAUGUUUCUUCUUGUGAAGGAA